AUGCCGUUUUCUGAAUCCUUCCUUCGCAAGCGAGACGGAGAAGGACGUAAACCUGGAAGAAGAACGCAGCACCUUACUUCGCCAUUGACUGCAAUUGAAGAUCUUGUCCUGAAAGACAGCCGAGCUUUUAGUUUCGAGAAACAUUUGCCUGAUGGCCGAAAUCCGCAGAGGCGAGGUGCAGCAGUACCUACCUACUACGUGAUCCGCAACUUCCUCAACGGGAAGUGGCCAAGGCAGCCGCGCCGGGUGCCGAUGCCGGUCAGAAAGCGGAGCCCGGUCGCGGGUCCGAAGUGGGUCUCUCGCAUCAGGCCACCCCCUUCCCCUCCGCCCCUGUUCAGCCACACUCAAUUGCAACAACGCAAAGAGAACUUUCGUUCUCAUUCAGCAUCAAAGGCGAGCUAUUCGCCAAGAGGGCCAACCUUGACUUCUGGGCACCCCUCCGUGCCCCGGUUCUGCAAGCAAGGGAGGAAAGCAGAAGGGGACGGGAGGGGCUUUCAAGGUUGCCGCAUGCGCAUGCACUCAACUGCUUCUGUGGACCAAAGCUUUCAAGAAACUGACGAUGUCACGGCGGCCGACCCAGAUGGAGAAAGGCAAGAGCCCAUCUUGGAGCCGCAUGAUGUGAUAGUCCCCCAAGGUCUUCAGCCUCAGCCCUGGAUGCUGGGUGUUCAUGAUCACCGCUGCAUCCAACCAAAGGAGCUGCUGCUAUGUACAUGCAACUCGACUCAGAGCAUCAUCAGGCAUGACUAG